GGUAGAUGUGUUUAUGUAUUUUGAAAUAUUAUAUGUACCACGUUUAUCGAACUUUAUUGUAUUAUAAUAAAAAAAAUAAAUGGAUUGAAAGAAGAGUACAGUGUUUACAUAUGUAAUAAUAGUGUUUAUAUUUAAAAAUAAUAAAAUUUUUAAAAGAUCAUGUUGCAAGCUGUAUUAAAAAAUAAAAAGGAUGCAUUUAUGAAUUUUUGUGCACCUUGCUUGCAACCUAAAGUUACAUGUGAUACUAUUAGUACAGAAGGAUAUGAAGUGACUAAUCUUAUACAAGAUCCUUGUAAAGGCUUCCUAGCCUAUUCUUGUAUCAAACCACCAGUUCAAAUUGUUUUUACAUUUCCUUGCAAUAUACAGAUUCAUCAUAUUUGUAUAUGGCCAUCAGUUGGUUCCCAGAAAUCAUCUGGUUUUCAAAUUUAUGCAAAGACAGAUAAUGAUUCUAUGCCAUAUACUUUAUUAUCGAGUGGAUGUUUAAGUGCAAAUGAUAACGGAGUGUUGUUUUACGCAGCUAAUGUAAAUCCUGCCAAUAUUUCAGUAGCACCUAACUUCUUGAAACGUUACAUGAAAGGAUCAGCACGAUAUAUAAUAUCUCAAACUAAAAGUUUAAAAGUAUCUAUAUUUAGGACACAAAAUUCAGUGCCAGCACUGGGUAAAAUUGAAGUAUGGGGAUCUGUAUCGCAGAAUACUAGCAGAGAUAUUAUAGCAAAUGUAAAAGCUUUAUGGUCAGCGUCUCAAACAUCCGUAUGCCUACCUACAAUAAAUCACCAAUCUAGUAUUUCUGCUACUAAUACCAAGGAUGUUGAUAUCAAGGAUGUUGAUAUCAAGGAUGUUGAUAUGCAGAAUACGAACAAUACGGAAACUUCACUGGAAGUACCGGAUAGUUUUUUAGAUGCAAUUACAUAUGAAAUUAUGACCCAACCAAUUCUGUUACCCAGUGGUAAGACUAUCGAUCAAAUUACAUUAGAAAAACAUGGGAAAAGUGAAGCUUCGUGGGGUAGAUCUCUAUCAGAUCCUUUUACUGGGCUUCCAUUUAAUGAAAAUCGUAGACCUAUUAUGGCAACUGCAUUAAAAAUAAGAAUAGACAAAUUCCUACUUGAAAAUUCAACUAUGAAUGAAAUUAAAAGAUUACCACGAGUAUUAGGUGGUAAAUGGGCUAAUCAUAAUACCUCCAAUCAAUAUCUUGUUGCAUGCCAAGUGAAUAGAAAUUCAAGAGAAGCUAAUUCACUGAUAAACAAUUCAACCAAAAUAAAUACUAAUAAUCUACAAAUAAGUAAUACAAUGAAACUAAAAAGCCAAUGUCAUAGAUUGCCUAUGACUCCAAUUAACUCAAAGACUGUUCCUUACGCUAAAAGAUUCAAAACAUCCAAUAUUGAUUCUUUUAAAAACUGUAAUAAUGAUAUAGAAAUAAUUAGCGAUAAACAAAUUCACCAAAAUAAUAUAGAUAGCGAUAUUGAUGCUGAUGUUCAACUUGAAUUAUCUUGUCUUAAACGUUUUAGUACACCAAAAAGUCUUCAACUUAAUACUUCAAUUUUAAAUACCUGCAAUUGUUGUAUAAAUAGUAUAUUAUAUAAAUUGCCAUGUAAUCAUGUGGUAUGUAGAAGAAUGCUAACCACAAAUAAAAAUAAUCAGUGUCAAUUAUGUGAUUUAGUUUAUCAAAGAAGUGCUGUUGAACGCAUACAUAAUUAGAAAAAAAUGUUUUAAAUAUUGUAAAUUAUUAUGUGAUGCUUAUAAUCAUUAAAAAUUAUUGUCAGAUGUAUUUAUUGAAUUUUUAUUAAUUUUGAAAUUAAAUCUAAUUGCUGUACAUUGUAUAAAAUAUACAAAAUGUAUAAUAAAUAUUUUAAUAAAUUAUGUGAUA